AAGAAGGAGGUGGUGCCACAGUUUAUCCCCCACACGAGUCCAAUUCAAGCUGGAGAUUUCUGCGUUCCUCUCGAAAGCAUCCCCGCGUUUGUCAGGAUCCAGGACGGCUUCUCCAGGAUAGGAUCCCCACGUCCAUUGUACAUGCUGCAUGGUCCUCGGCAGUUUGGGAAAACAACGAUUGCGCUUGGUGUCCAGCAGUGUUUUCCCGAUGUCAAGUGUGUCUACAUUGCGUUGCAAGCUGAUGACAUGGCGAAUGAGGAACGGUUCUGGAAAACAUUGGGGAGGGCCAUAAGGGCUGGUAGCCGUUGCUAUUGUGACAGCUAUGAGUCUUUCAUCUGCUUGGUCUACGAAGUUGCCUCGAAGGAGAAGAAGACGAUCUGUCUGGUCGUAGAUGAACUAGACGUUCUCUUCGGCAACUACGAGCUGGCACGCGCGUUUUUAUCUGCGAUUCGCUCUUUGAGGGGGAAUAGUUCGUUUUGGGGAUUCCUCGGUGUGGGCAGCCACAAGUUGGUGCUCGAUCACCACAUCGCGGGCAUGUACACUGCGGCUGAACUCAUCCAGAUGCAACCGUUUUCCACUGAAAAAAUGGCUACAUUUUUCAGGCUGAUCGCACGACGGUAUGAUUUCGCUGACUCGCUUCGUCAGGGGAUCAUUGGAUACUCAAGUGGAGCUCCUGGUGAGUUUGCCGCGAUGAUUCGGUUUACAAUUGAUAAUGGCAAGUGGGGACUUGAAUGGGCUGACUGGGAGCUGUGGUUCAAGUGGACGAAAUUUCAUGAGUACUUGAAGAAACACAAUGAAGCCUACGAACGCACACGGAAGCAGCUAGCUGACUUGGAUCCAUCGAGGUGGGCAGCGCUCGAAUGCGUUCUCCAGCACAACGGAGCUCUAACAGCAGACGAAUUGCUAAGUAUGGGCGUUGUGGUUAAAGGCAGUGGAUUGCAAUUGUCCGUCGUCUCCAAGGUGAUGCAUCGCGUAUGCUUUGAAGCGCUUCAAGCGAGAAAC